GCAGAAGUAUAUAGCGUUCAAGUCAUUACCCAGAAAAAAAGUAUAUAGCAUUCAAGCGUCUUUGGCGCUCUUCAUUGCUCUCUCAACAUGAAGCAAAGCAAUGCGCAACCUCAACAUCUCCAUUAUCGCAUUGCUUGAAUCCCACCUCAAAAAUCGCCGCAAUUUCCUUCAGAUUCUCAGUUCUGCCAUUGUUUCCGGCCACUUCUCCGCCGACCCUUUUGUGUCCAGCAAACUCCUCCUUCACUCUCUCUCCGACGCCGAUGAUGAUGAUGAUGAAGCUGCUCUCGCAUUCUCUAAGGCCCUUUUCUUUCACACACAGAACCCAAAUAUCUUCGCCUGGAAUUUCAUGUUCAAGGCCUAUUCUCGGAGCUCUUCACCUCAAGAAUCGCUCGCUCUUUACAAUCUCAUGCGACGCCGCGAUUCUCCUUUGUUUCCCGACAACUAUUCUUUCCCUUUCCUACUCAAAGCUUGUGGGCGUUGCUUGUUUCCUCAAAAGGGUCAAGAGCUUCAUUGCUUGAGCUUCAAACUUGGAUUUGAGCUCGAUGUCUUCGUUCAGAAUGGGCUCAUUUCCAUGUACUCUCUGUGUGGUCUCAUGGAGGAAGCUCGAAGAGUUUUCAAUUUGCUUCCGGUUUUUGUUCGCGACGUGGUGUCUUGGAAUAGCGUCCUUUCUGGGUAUUUACAGUGCGAGCGCAAUGAGGAUGCCUUGAAGGUGUUUGUGGAAAUGAUGGAGGAUGGUUCGGUGCGGCCUGAUCAGGUGACUUUUGUGGGUGUUCUGACUGCUUGUGCUAGGAUUGGAUUUCUUGAUUUAGGGAGGAAAAUCCAUGGAUUAGUUUUAGGAAGUGGACUGGAAUUGGAUGUCUUCUUGGGUUCAUCUUUGAUCGAUAUGUAUGCUAAGUGCGGGAAGAUGGAGGAUGCGAGAAAAGUGUUCGACGGUAUUUCUGACAGAAAUGUGGUCUGUUGGACUUCCAUGAUAGUGGGUUAUGCUCAGUCAGAUUCAUUCAAGGAGGCGAUUGAAUUGUUCAGAGAGAUGCAAUUACAUGGGGUUGAAGCAGACGCGGCAACAGUUGCUAGUGUUAUAUCGGCAUGUGGGAAUUUGGGGGCAUUGAGCCAUGGUAGGUGGGUGCAUAGCUAUUCUGAAAGGUGGGGUUCUUUGAUGAGCCUCUCAGUGAAGAAUUCCUUGAUUGAUAUGUACGCAAAAUGUGGAGAUAUAGAAAGGGCUCUCCAGAUUUUCCAUGAAUUGUCUAACAGAGAUGUUAUUUCUUGGACUGCUAUGAUUACUGGUCUAGCCCUGAAUGGGGAGUCCAGCAGGGCUUUGCACUUGUUUUCACAAAUGGCAAUGUCAAGGGAUGUCAUGCCAAACGAGGUCACUUUUCUGGGAGUAUUGUCGGCUUGUAGCCAUGGUGGAUUUGUAGAAUUGGGUUUUGUCUAUUUCAAUGCCAUGCCUCAAAGUUAUAAGCUCACUCCUCGCAUAGAACACUAUGGUUGUAUGGUUGAUCUUCUUGGCCGUGCCAAUCUAUUAAUUGAGGCUGAAAAGUUUAUCAGGGAAAUGCCAAUUCAACCUGACACAGUUAUAUGGAGAUCUCUGCUCUUUGCAUGUAAGACGCACCAGAAUAUAGAAUUGGCAGAGUUUGCUGCGAAGAAAAUUGAGGAAUUGAAACCAAGGAGAUCGGGGGUGCACGUUUUGUUGUCAAAUGUCUAUGCUUCAGCAUCAAGGUGGAAAGAUGUGAAUAAGUUGAGAAGAUAUAUGGCUCUUCAGGGAACGCAAAAGCAACCUGGUUGCUCUUUUAUAGAAUUAGAGGGUCUUGUUCAUGAAUUCUUUGCUGCAGAUUGUUCACAUAGCCAAAUUGAUUCCAUAUAUAAGACAGUUGAUGGAAUUAAUAAAGUUAUACGAUUUGAAACAUUAGACUUUGAUAUCUUAAAUUGUCAGCAAUAGUGAGAAGAACUUCAAAAUUGAGUUCUUUUGGAUCUUUACAAUUACUAGAUAAUUGUUUUGGAACUAGUUUUGUUAUCAAUUAGAUCUUACCUGAAAUUGAAGGAUGAAAUAAUUGUUAGUGGAACGUUGACUACAGAAAAUCCCCGUGGAAUGCAAGUGUCACAGACAGAAAAUGGAAUUAUGAUAACCCCAAUGGAAACUAUGGUCCAGGUCUCAUGCUCAUAUGAGACAAGAACAAUGUUUUGGAAAUCCGGACAGUCACGGACUGGCUGCAUAUGUGUGUCUUGAAUUGUCGAAGAGGCUGUGGUCUAAACCACUGGAGUUGAAGAGUAUUAACAAAGUUUGGCUAUGGACUUGGACUGCAGAAAUUUGUCAUAUUGAGUGCUUAAGUGAGAUUGGAUCAGCUACCAGUUUGGGAUUGUUGAUGAAGAAACCACAAUAAAGAAUUUGAUAUACUAAAGUGCCAACCACAAGAAGACCCAAUCUUUUAUUUUGUACAAGAAGAAGAAAGUAUGCAUGUCUCCAAGUACAGUUGAGAAAUAAACCACCGAAUAUAUGCAUGUCUCCCAGUACAGUUGAGAAAUAAACCACCGAAUAUUCCCCAAAAUCAAUAAAGACCCCAUCCCCAUUCCCAGAUAACCGUCUCUUGAAUUCAUCUUCAUCACCUUGAAUUUGUUGAGUUUGACUGAGUGUGGCUUCAAGACAGUUUUGUGUAAGUGGAGAACAACAGAGUGCCUGAUUCCUAAUAAAUGAUAUGGAACAUCUUAUGGUUUAAACAAUGAUAUUAGGGAAAACAGAAAGGAAAAAAGAUACUGUAUAAGAAUAGGGAAGAUAUUAUUAUUAUUAUUAUUAUUCUUUUUUUGGGGGUGACUGGGAAGAUAUUACUAAUUGAUCACACCAUGUUUAGUGGUUGUCGCUUGUCUUGAACCUCCUUUGUAAUCUUGCAGUUGAGAGUGCCAACAUCAACAAGAGUCAGUCUUUUAAUCUGAACAACGACAAGAAAUAUGCAUGUCUAAUAUCACACGAAUAUUAACGCUCAGAAAAUAAUAUUCUAUAGCAAAAUUAUAUUUAUAUAUAUAUAUAUAUAUAUAUAUUCUACCUUAA